AUGCCGUUCUCUCAGCAUUUGCGAGCUGCUGCCUCGGUCAUCGACCUUUGCGACGAGCCGACGACCCCGAAGCCGCCGACCAAGGAGGCGCCGGAGCCGACGAUCAAGAAGCCUUCGGUGAGGCACACCGUGAAGAAGCCGCCGGCUGAGCGCAAAGUCAAGACCGAACCCAAGACAACCGGAGCAGUGGAGGAGGCACCGAAGAAGCGACCUGCUUCGCGCAUGUCCGCAAGAGGCUUAGGUCUAACCCACCAGUGGGCAGCACAUGCGGGCAACGGCCCUUGCUGCGGCCGCGGCAGCCAGCCUUGUGUUUUCGGUGAGUUCUCGUCGCCUGCACCCGCUGCACCCAACGGUGCCUGCGAUCUGUGCGACGUUGGAAUGAUGGCCACACUCCACGAGUCCAUGUCGAGUCGAUUGACGCACUUGCUCGGCAAGCUCGAUGCAGGUGUCGCUGAACAUGCUUUUGGAUACAUUCGAGAUACUUUGGGAUCUACGGCAGAGGCGGACUAUCGCUUCAAAGUGCAGCGAUCUCGGCAGCGCAAAAACCCGGCACGACCUCGCCGAGCAACUCGAGGACCCUACAAGAAGAAGAGCACGGAGAAGUCCGAUGCAGAGGACUGA